AGUCGACAGUUUCAUGUUUACCGUUGGAUUGCAUCCUGUUGCAUCCCGUGAGUGCUGGUGCUGCUUGCUGCGUUCGUUGUUGGUUGCUCUGCGUGGCGGCGUCAACCAUGAAUCCUUCAGCUUCUCAACAACCCGUGCACAGUGGAAACGACAACGCCGACGAUGAUGACACAGCGUCGAGAGCGAAAAUUGAGCUGCUGGACGAAAUUGCAUCGAAAAAAGUGCCAUCGAUCGGCUUUCCCAAUCACGAUUGCAAAACGGGGCACAACAUAGACCUUCUGCGGGCGUUCGUUCCGGGGGAGUCGUUUGCGAAAAGAAUAUCCCGAUGGUUUCGUCGCAUGUGCUACCUGGACCAAUCCAGCGCUCUCAGCCGCGAAGUGUUCCGGAGCGAUACUGCUAGGAAGCGGGAAAUAUCCCGUCACAUUAGUUUCUACUCGGGCACGAUUCAUCCGUUCAGCUAUCUGAGGUUCUGGUGGGAAUGCGUAAUGAUAGUUACCUUUGCAACCGCCUUCAUAUUCAUCCCCUAUGACGUAAUAUUCCUGUUUCGCCCGGAAGAUUAUCAUCCCCUAACGUGGUUCCACCAGGUUGUUCUCACUUUUGACGCCAUUUGCCUCAUCGACAUCUGCUUCAGCAUUCGAACCGGAUUCUACGAUCGGGAUCGUCAACACGUGGAACUGGAUCCCUGCAAGAUUGCCAACCAAUAUGCAUUGCUGUGGUUCUGGAUCGAUUUGAUAAGUUCGGCACCGGAUCCGCUGUUCACGCGUUUCAUCGUAUCGAAGAAAGCGCUGCAGUAUUCGUUUUUCGAUUGCCUUCGGGAGCACAAUUUCCGUUUUGGGUGUUUCUGGGACUUUUGGAACGUUUUGUCGAUGUUGAAGAUUUUUCGGCUGAAGACUUUUCUCCGAUAUAUUGGAAAUGUUUAUCGGAGAUUUGGACUUCGUCGGAACAUCAUGAAGUUUACUACUAUUGCUGCGGUUCUGGUACUUUGCAUGCAUUGGGCAACGUGUGUGAUGUUCCUGGUUGCGAGAUUCCGACAGGGAACCGAUCCUGAUUUGGUGGACAAGAACUCGUGGAUCAGUCAAGCGGAUAUUUGGAGCAAGCAACCUUUCCACCAGUACAUUGAGUGCUUUUUUCGAACAUUGUACACGAUGGGAUUAGUAACGCAUUCCAUGGAUCAGUUCAUGACCGAUGACGACAUCUUGGUGUCCUUGAUGUUCAGUAUUUUCGGUUAUUUGAUGAAAAUUUACGUAUUGGCAGAGUUGUUGAUCUUUAUUAGGAUCAUGUUUUCCAGCACUAGCAUGUAUUACGAACACCGUCACGAGCUUCAAGACUACAUCCGCUCGGAACAAUUACCUUCGGAGUUGGAAGAUCGAAUUCUCUGUUUCCAUGAUCAUCGCAUUUCCAACCGCUACAGUCGCAAAAGCCAGAUCGACGUUUGCUCCGGUAAACAGUUCCAUCUGGGAAUACGAGAAGAAAUCUGCGGCAAUAUAGUGAAUGGAGUUUCCCUAUUUCGUGACACGAUGACACCGGAAAUGGUACGGUGGUUAUUGAAUAACUUACAAUACCAGCUGUAUCUGAAAGACGACAUUCUGGUGAAGGCUUCCGACGGUAGCGACGGGGCCAAAAUGAUAAUGGUUAUCCAGGGAACUGUGGCCGUUUACACACCCAACUGGAGAGAGGUACUGCAUCUGGAGGACGGUGAACACUUUGGAGAGUACCAGUUGGUACUGGGAAGUUCACUGAUGAAAUACUCCAACAUUGUGGCUGUUGAAACUAGCGAAGUGUACCUGCUGACCAAAGCAGCUUACGUGGAAAUGCUGUUGCAAUAUCCGGCUUUGGAAGCAACCAUCACACCGCUGGCCCAGGAGCGGUACGAAACUUUGGCGGCCCUCGAGCGCGAAGUGGUACUCGAAACUAUCCAAGAAGCGGAAACCAUUAGGCGGACAAAGUUUUUCGGUUAGAGUUGAAUUGGGUUUUGAUUGGCGAUGCAGCUAGGAAUGGGACGAUUGGGAAGAAUUUGAUGCACAAUAUAAUAUCUACAUUUUGAUCAUUUUAUAUUUUACAGAGAGCGUUUCUCGAUACGAUAUG